CAGCCCCUGGCGCCGCCAGGAGCGUGCGUGGGCGGAGACAACAGAUCGAAAAUAUUUGAGCACGCUUCCGAACCGACGUCCUCGCCGACGUCGCCUCGAACGUGCCCCUCACGAGACCGACCCGACCGGCCGCCACCGCGCCCGCGCUCUCGUCCCAAAAUCCUCAACCUAUAUAGUUCCCGCCCCACCACCGCCUAGCCGCCUGACCCCAUUCCCCGAGUCCUGAUACACGGCAGCAGGCCCGGAGCGGAGCAGAUAUAGCCCUGCUUGCUUGAGCCGCAGCAGAUCGGCCGGGGGCUCGGCGGUAAGGCAAGCGCGAUGGACUUCUCAUCCGGCGACGUGAAGGCGGCGAUCAUGCGGCCCGCGGCUGCUGCUGCUGCCGCCGCCGCCGAAUCCGGCACGUCGACGCUGCUGCGGGGGUGGCAGGAGUUCCGGCGGAGCGGCGCGCCGGCGAGGUUCCUCUGUUUCGAGGACGGCAAGUGGGUCGACGUCACCGGGGAGGCGGUGCCACGGCUGCGGCGGGCGUUCCAGGAGAGGAGGGCGAUGGCCGACGCCUCGUGCGGGGGAAAGGCGUACCUGUUCGACUUCCUGCGGAUGGUCAGGAUCGACGAGGCCACCGGCGACGAGACCGGGCUGGCGUGGAUCGACCACCGCGGGGGCUGCUUCUUCCCGGCGCCCGCCGCCGACUGCGGCGGAGGAGAGAGGAACAAGCGCAAGAGGGACGACGGCGCGCCGGCGGCGGCGGACGAGGCCGAGUCGUCCUCGGGCGUGGACGAGCGCUCGGGGGAGAGCUACCCCGGGCCCGGGGUCGGGGUGGACGCCAAGAGGAGGAAGGCAUGGGCGGGGAACGCUGCGGCGAGGCUCGAGGAGAACGACAAGUACUACCACGUCGUCAGCAAGCUGUUCCUCAGCUACGGGAUGGCGCAACGCGGUGCGGCGAUCACGGCGGUGCGCAAGAUCGCGAACGGCGCGAGGACCGCGGCGUUCCAGGAGCAGGCGCAGCUCCUCGCCAACGCGCGCGGCGCCGCCGCCGGAACCGCCAAGUUCGCAUGGUACGGCGCGUCCGCGGACGACGUGGCCGCCGUGGUGGACCAAGGUUUCGUGACGAACAACGCGACAAGGCUCGGCGCGCGCAAGCACGGCGACGGCAUGCACCUUUCCCCGCCGCAGUGCCCCUACACGAGUGCCAUGCUGGCCAAGGCAGACGGGAGCGGCGAGGCGCACAUCGUGCUGUGCCGCGUGCUGAUGGGCCGGCCGGAGGCUGUCCCGGCAGGGUCUUCACAGUCCUGCCCCAGCAGCCACAACUACGACAGCGCCGUGGACAGGCUGGAGAAUCCACAGUGGUACGUUGUGUGGAACAAGGAUAUGAACACCAGGAUCCUCCCCGAGUACGUGGUCAGCUUCAAGUGCUCCAAGCUGCAGCAGAUGCAAGAAUCAUCAGAAGCGACCUCAAAGCUGAAGAAGCGGUCACCAGUGGUUCGCGACAUGUUCCCUAGGCUUCUUGCAGAGAUCCAGAAGAUCGUGCCAGACAAGUGCGAUCUGCUGCAGGAGACAUACAGCAGCUUCAAGAUGGGACAGAUUAAGAAAGACCAGUUCAUCCGGUUCCUCCGCAGUUACGUCGGCGACAAAGUGCUGACUACCGUGGCCAAGAAACUCCGAGGAUGCUAAAUUUCUAGUGCGCGGCGCAACAUUAUUAUCUCCUUGAUUUUGCCGUCUUGGUGGUGGUAUACGCGGUGGCUCUGACUCCAGCGACUCGAGCAGUGUACGUGCUAGCUGUCUGUAGUAGUACCAAAUAGAGAUGGGGAGGUUUACUUUUGUUUCUGUUGAUUUAAGUUUCUGUCAAGGGCGUAUAGAGGGUUUGCAGCGAUGUUCUUCCAUUAACCAACACAAAGGAUAGAUGCAGUUUCUGUUCCUGAGACGAUUAAAUUCUUCUUUUAGUGUCCUGCAACCUGUCAUAAUCUGUACAGACUGAAAAGAUUUAUGCAUAAAUAGAACCAUUGUUGAGCCGGCCAGAUGUUCCGAA